AUUUUAAGAUUUAGUGUUUAAAAUAGAUAAUUUGGUUUUUAUAUGGUGUUCGAAAACAACAGUUACCAGAAUGUCAGUUUUUUAAAUUAUUUUAAACCAAUUUUGUAUUGUUUUAACAAAUGACUAAUUUUAAUGUAACUCAAGUGGAAGCUAUUUUAAUCUUGGGAGAAAAUGGUGAAAAAAUCGCAGUAAGAUAUUACAAAUUACAUCCCUCAAGCAAAUUAUCAAUCUCUGAAGAGGACCAAAAGGUAUUUGAAAAGAGUCUAGUUGACCAGCUGAAACAAGCCAAAAGCUCAGAGAUUCAUCAUGACUGUCUUCUGAUUGAGAACCACUUGGUUGUGUUUACAAUUGUAGCUGAUGUGUUCAUUGCAGUAGUGGGACAUUUGACUGAAAAUGAACUAAUAUUGUCCCAAUUGUGUACAAAUGUUGAGAAAGUACUAGAAUACCUAACCAACUACGAUAUCAAAAAGGACUUUGUAUAUGAAAAACUAGCAUCAGUAUUUCUAUUAUUGGAUGAUGUUGUUGACGGAGGAAUAAUUAUGGAAACUGAACAUGAAGUUAUUAUCAAGAGGCUUAAAAGAAAAGAAAAUGACUCUUCUGAUCAUGUGCCAGUCAAACAGGCAAUUCAUAAUGUGAGGAACAACGUGAUCAUGACACUACUCAAUUCAUAACCAAUUUUAAUAUAUUCUAACAUG